ACUGACACCGUAUCAACAGAAGAUCCUGCAGCACAAUCGGCACCAACAUCAACGAACUCAAUAAUCACCACAUUAGCUGAAACAACGAACGGAGAUGAAAAAUCAUUCCCGUCAACAACAGGCGCUCGCUAUGCUUCAGUGUCACCAACUGCAACAAUUGAGACAACUUCGGAGCCAGCACUGGGCACCUUAGACGUUAACACCACGACCUUCUCAUCAAUAUCAGACAUAGACACAAAAUCAUUGACGCCUAAUUCUGAAGAAGACAUAAAAGACAGGCUUAAAGCGACUGUUGCGAAUAAAAUCACGUUUUCUUCAAUAUCAAGUGUAAAGGUAGUCACAUUACCGUUGACAACGACAAGACAUACGUUUUCUGUUAAGUCAUAUGUAACAAACGAUGAUUUAAUCAAUGAGACAACCAGUGCAUUGCAGGAAACAAGCACGUUAUCACGAAUGAUUUCAACAAGUGGGGAUGGACGCGUGACAGCACCGUCAACAGCUGCUGUAGAUGAAGAUAAUAUGGAUACAUCAUCAAAGACGUGGUUAAAAACAGCGAUGUCUUUGGAGGUAGCCACAACCAAAAGUAGUGCUGAGACAACAGACUCUUUUGUUAAAAACAAGCAAUUGACAACGACGUCAGAACCACGCUGGACCACGCACUUCGCAAUGCAUCCAAGCUUCUCUAACGCAAUCAAGAAAAUUAAACCAACCGUAACAUUUGUGCCUCAUACUCAGUCUGGAGGGACAACGCCUCCUUGUGUGACCAAAACCCACCAACAGUCAACUACGCAUAAUGCCGAGAAGUCUUUUGGAGGGACUGUGUUAGAGUUUUUAAAAGAGAAUAUGACGUAUACUAUUAUAAUUGGAGCCGGCACAGCGCUCUUCCUCGUCAUCCUGGUGGUAUUAGGGUGCGUUUGCAG